AUGCAGUCAGCCAACAACCCCAUCUCCCACCAUACCAGCCACACCAUGGGCCAAGGUGCCGCCAGUAGCAACGGCGGCGACAAUAGCUGCGGAGCGAAUUGCGUGGAUAACCAUGUUAGCCAUGCAAUUGGCGAUGGAGAUGGGGUUGUCCGAGUCUCGGGUGGAGAGACUGGAAACGAUGGAGGCGUCGUCAUGGAAGCCUCCGUAACGGAUGUUGGUGUCAACGAAUUGAACCAAACUACUACUACUACCUACGAUGAAUCGGACGAUGAGAGCUCCCUUGCGGACAGUUCCGGCUCCAUUAGCGAUGGACCCAGCUUUGGAGGAACUUCGAUCCGAUCCCUGGGCAGCAUGUCCAACUGGAGCAUCAUCGACACUACUCUGCGUGAGGGCGAGCAGUUCAUCCAUGGCGAUUACGACACUGAGACUAAGCUCAAGAUUGCGCGAGCUCUGGAUGACAUCGGCGUUGAAUACAUUGAGGUGACCUCACCUGCUGCUUCUCCUCAGUCCAAGUUGGACUGCGCCGCUAUCUGCAAGCUGGGUCUCAAGGCCAAGGUUCUUUGCCAUAUUCGAUGCAACAUGGACGAUGCCAGAAUCGCGGUUGAGACCGGUGUUGACGGAAUCAACAUGUGCAUUGGUACUUCCACUCAGCUCAUGAAGCAUUCCCACGGAAAGGAUCUCGACUGGAUUGCCGCCAAGGCCAAGGAGGUCAUCGAAUUCACCCAAGCCCACGGCAUCGAGGUCCGAUUCUCUGGCGAGGAUUCAUUCCGCUCCGACUUCAGUGAGAUUCUGAAGCUCUACUCGCUCAUGGACCGUCUCGGCGCCCACCGCGUUGGAAUUGCCGACACCGUUGGCGGCGCUUCUCCCCGUGAGGUCUAUGAAAAGAUCUCCACGCUCAGGCAGAUGAUCGGAUGCGAUAUCGAGACUCACUUCCACAACGACACCGGAUGUGCUGUCGCCAAUGCCUACACUGCGAUUGAGGCUGGGGCCACUCACAUUGACACCACUGUCUUGGGCAUCGGAGAGAGGAAUGGAAUUACUUCCCUUUCCAAGCUCAUGCAGUGCAUGCUUCAGAUGGGCCACGACUCUGUUCUGGCCAAGUACAAGCUUGAGAAGAUCCCUGCUCUCGAGCAGCUUGUCGCUGAAGCCGUACGCAUCGAGAUCCCCUGGAACAACGCUUCACUUGCAAGAUAUCUCUGA